CAAGGGGAACUCAACAUGACUUGUGGCAAAUUGGACGUUGACGAAUCCUGCCUUAUUAUAAAAUCAGAAAUAAACAAAGAUAUAAAUUUUUGGUAUCAGAGCUUGGAAUGCGAAAAGUGCCCGCUACAACUAAAGGAAUCAGUAAGUCCAUAUAAAUGGAAAAAAUUUGUAGUGAAAUUUGCUGCUCUCGGCUCCACUUGGGAAGUUCUGGACAGUCACAACUCAUCAAUUUGCAAGGACUCAAUGUAUGUAGGGGAAAAUGCUAUAAAUUAUCUUAAAGUGAAUGAGAGUGGCUGUUUUGUAGAGAAUGUCCAAAAGGCUGAAGAAGCCUAUGUCCCCAUUCUUGUUGCUGUUGCAAUUUACAUCUUGCUUGCUGCAUUCUGGAUAGCUGGAAAAUACUUGAAAAGAAAAGGAAUUUUAAACAGUCUUUUUCACCGAAAUUCUCUUGAUGUAAGUUUUGACUUAACUGCAGCUUAUUCAUCCAGUUCUGUUGCUGAAGAAAAAAAAGCUUCCCCAAAGCGACUUCGCUCUUUAGACACUGUUAGAGGAAUAUCUAUAGUAGUAAUGAUAUUUGUGAACUAUGGCGGUGGGGGAUAUGAAUUUUUCGAUCAUUCAAUUUGGAAUGGCUUAUCUGUUGCUGAUUUAGUGUUUCCAUGGUUUAUUUGGAUGAUGGGAAUGUCCAUGGCUUUCUCUCUAAGGUCACAAUUGAGACAAAAAAUAUCAAAGAAAAAAAUAUUUUGGAAAAUUUUGAAACGAUCUGUCAUUUUAUUUGCACUGGGCAUCAUGCUGAACACAUACUGCUCAGGUUCUAAAGGUAUUGAUUUGAGUAAACUACGAAUUCCUGGAGUGCUUCAAAGAUUUGGCAUUUGUUAUUUAAUUGUUGCAACUGUGCAUUUGUUCUAUGCUUCAGCAGAUGGAAUAGAGACUGCUUCUCAUUUCCAAGACCUUUCUCCUUAUGGUGGCGAAUGGCUAAUUAUGUGCUCUUUUCUAACACUUCAUAUUUUAAUUACAUUUUUGGUAGCUGAGCCCCAGUGUCCUCGAGGAUACUUAGGUCCUGGUGGGCUGCAUGACGGAGCAAAACAUUUCAACUGCACAGGUGGUGCUGCAGGUUUUAUAGAUCGACUGCUGUUACAAGAAUCUCAUUUAUAUCAACAUCCUUCUUCUAAACCUAUAUACCAAUUCACAUUACCUCAUGACCCCGAAGGUAUUCUGGGAUUUCUCACAUCAAUAUUUCUUGUUUUCUUAGGACUACAAGCAGGAAAGAUUCUUUUAUGUUACAAAGAUUGGAAAAAUCGUGUAACUCGAUGGAUGACUUGGGGUCUCACCUUGGGAAUCUUAGCUGGUAUCUUAUGUCUUUUUUCCAAGAAUGAUGGCUAUAUUCCAGUAAAUAAAAAUUUAUGGUCAGUUUCUUUCAUUUUUGCAACUGGAAGUUUGGCUUUUAUUCUGCUUUCUAUAUGUUAUUUGAUGAUAGAUGUUCAGAACUGGUGGACAGGUGCACCAUUUUAUUAUGCAGGGAUGAAUUCCAUCCUCCUCUAUGUUGGCCACAGCCUCACUCAUACCAUGUUUCCUUGGAGGUGGCAAAUGGAGUCGAACCACACCAAUGAGCUGUUUCUGAGUCUUUGGGGAACGUCUCUUUGGGUCUUGAUCGCAAUAUGGAUGUAUAAGAUCAAAGUGUUUGUGACUGUCUGAAUUCCUCACCGCCUU